GAGUCAGUCGAUUUAAAAACAGGGAUUUGUCUGGAUUGGUUUUCUCAAAUGGUAAAUGGUGGUUUUCUCCAUGGAAGCCUGUAUUUAUGUGUUGUACUUGCGUAGAUGCACAGCUGUGUGUGUUUUUUUUUUUUUAAUUUCUAUUCAGAUUCAGUGUAGCCACAUGCAAACUUGAGCUUGUUUAAAAAUGACUGAUUCAUAGUUUAGUAUCCAGUUUAUUUUAUUCAAUUAAAUUGGAUUUAGCUCAAAUGUUUGUUUUUUUUAUUGAUAAAAAUAAAGGUAAAAGAUGCAUUUGGUAAACAGUCUUACACAACUAGUGAGUUUUUGUUAUCUGCUUGUGUAAGUGAGUGGACUAGCAAUGAGCAGUGGUACACUGACUCUAUUCAGGGGCAGACGUAAGACUUGAGGGGUGUGGAGAAGUUUUGGUUUGGUUAUUUGGACUUAGUUUAAUCACUAGUCAAAGUCGAGACAUGCUGAAGAAAUUUUUCCUCUGACUCAGCAGUGUUGUUUCCAGUAACCUGCCAUGGCACCUGGAGACGUGGUGCCAGACCAUGCCAAGCAGCUGAAAUCGAAGGAUAAGCGUUCAGGAAACCGGACGUUCAAAGGAGAAUGUGAGCCUGAUGGGUCAUAUGUCUUCGAGGCUCAUGAAGCCUGGAAGGAAUUCCACAAUUCACUCAGGCAUUUCUAUGAAGUCGGGGAGCUCUGUGAUGUCACAUUAAAGGUUGGCAGUAAGUUGAUACCAUGCCACAAGCUGGUACUGGCGUGUGUUAUCCCUUACUUCAGGGCCAUGUUUUUAUCAGAGAUGUCUGAGACUAAGCAAGAUCUGAUUGAGAUUAAGGACUUUGACGGUGAUGCCAUUCACGAUCUCGUGCAUUUUGCCUACUCAUCUAAAAUCACCUUGACUGUAGACAAUGUCCAGCCACUGCUUUAUGCAGCCUGCAUCCUUCAGGUUGAGCUGGUGGCGCGGGCCUGCUGCGAGUACAUGAAAGCCCACUUUCACCCCACUAACUGCCUGGCUGUUCGAACCUUUGCUGAGAGCCACAACCGUGUGGAUCUGAUGGACAUGGCGGACCGUUACGCCUGCGAACACUUCACUGAGGUGGUGGAGUGCGAGGACUUCACGUGUGUGUCACCCCAGCACUUGCGUACAUUGCUGUCUUCUUCUGAUCUGAACAUCCACUCGGAGACGCAGGUGUACAACGCCGCAGUGAAGUGGCUGAAGGCGAACCCGCAACACCACGAGGCCUGGCUGGACCAGAUCAUGUCUCAGGUGCGCCUCCCUCUGCUGCCAGUGGAGUUUCUGACUGGAACUGUGGCAAAAGACGAGAUGAUCAAAGGCAACCUAAACUGUCGGGAUCUGAUGGAUGAAGCAAGGAAUUACCACCUGCACCUCAGCAACAAACUGGUCCAGGACUUUGAGUAUUCAGUCCGCACCAUCCCCAGGAAGCACACUGCAGGGGUUCUGUUCUGUGUGGGCGGGCGAGGCGGUUCUGGGGAUCCGUUUCGCAGCAUCGAGUGCUACUCCAUUACAAAGAACAGCUGGUUCUUUGGUCCUGAAAUGAACAGCAGGCGGCGUCACGUUGGUGUAAUAUCUGUUGGAGGAAAGGUUUACGCUGUGGGGGGUCAUGAUGGAAAUGAACACCUGGGAAACAUGGAGAUGUUUGACCCUCUGACCAACAAGUGGAUGAUGAAAGCCUCUAUGAACACAAAAAGGAGGGGUAUAGCUCUAGCUGCUCUCGGGGGGCCCUUAUAUGCCAUUGGCGGUCUGGAUGACAACUCCUGCUUCAACGACGUGGAGCGUUACGACAUCGAAUGCGACAGCUGGAGCGCCGUCGCCCCGAUGAACACGCCCAGAGGGGGUGUCGGAUCUGUGGCAGUGGGGAGUUACGUGUAUGCAGUUGGAGGAAACGAUGGGGUGGCUUCACUGUCCAGCGUGGAAAGGUACAACCCCCACCUCAACAAGUGGGUGGAGGUUUGCGAAAUGGGUCAGCGGCGCGCUGGGAACGGAGUCAGCAAACUUAACGGCUGCCUCUACGUCGUGGGAGGUUUUGAUGACAACUCGCCGCUGAGCUCCGUGGAGCGCUUUGAUCCUCGGAUGCACCGCUGGGAGUACGUCUCUGAGCUCACCACGCCGCGCGGAGGAGUCGGGGUCGCCACCGUCAUGGGAAGAGUGUUUGCCGUCGGUGGGCACAAUGGAAACAUUUACCUGAACACGGUGGAGGCUUUUGAGCCCCGAAUGAACAGGUGGGAGCUGGUGGCCUGCGUGUCUCACUGCCGCGCCGGAGCCGGGGUCGCCGUGUGCUCGUCCCACGUCAGCCUCAUCAGAGACGUGGGCCAGGGCUCCAGCAACGUGGUCAACUGCAUGUGACGGCCGCCGCACAACACUUCACACACUGUCACACAGCUGCACAAUCACACAACGCGAAGCACACGGACAGUCGGGUCAGGGCUGUUCCCGGCGAACACCAGCUCACGUUCCGUUAGCACAACAUAACUGGCUGAAGAAGCAGAAUCUGAAGUUGCACAUUCAGUUCAUGUUUCCAAACUCUUGCUGGUGUUCCUUGCAAUCAGUAAAGAAGUAUUUUGUACUGUAUGUUUUCUGUAGUUCGCUUUGACUUAGCUCUUUUAAAAGGGACUGUGCUAGCUGAGCCUUUGAUUUCACUCGGAUCGGUUAGCUGUAAAACGGACCAGUUUGAAAACUUUUAUACCCCUUCUUUUCUUAAAAAUGAUCAGAUUUAUAUUAACAGAUGUGACAAAUCAAUGCUUUGUAAGACAUUCAAACUGGAUUCCUCACCAGCACUGUCCACCCAAAGCAAAUGGGAUGGAAAUACAAGUCAAAUGUGUUUGAAUUAUCCUUCAAAUCUUUGGGACACGGCUUGGGGACUCGCACAGACUCCUACGAGUGCCACAGCUAAAACCCUCCAGUUCUACUGCCUCUACACUCCAAAUGACUCCAUUUACCUCCAUUUCAGCACUGAUUGGUGUCCGGAGACGAUUCCAGAGAUGCUCUUUCUCGGCUAAACGAACAAAACUUUGACUUGACCGGCUCAAACUCAAAGAUUCGAGGACUGUUUGAAUCGUCUUCACUUGGUUAUAAGAUGUAAAUGACAUUCAGAGAUUUGUGUUUGCGGUUAUCUUCAUUAUAUUUCAACAAAUAUAAACAUUUUUGUAAGUAUACUGAGGUGUAUCUUUGACAUAAUAUUAUGUAAUCCAUUGCUGUGCACUAUUUUCUUAGAAUAGAGUUGAAAUCGGAGUAUAUUUUUGCCCAGAAAUGGGAAAAAAAAACUUUAUGGAAUAAGUUUUCUUAUUUAACUUGCAAUUUACUGCCAUAAAUAAAGGAGGAAAUGUUGGUUAAAAGUUUGCAGAAUAUGCGUAGAGAUGACUGCCAUGGACUCUUUGUACAAAAUACUGUUGCACAUCCGAUUUGCCAGUCUAAAUGAUCGGUUUUACACCAAAAAGGUAAACUUUGGUGUAAUAUCUAGUGCUCCUUUUGACUGCUUUUGUCUUUAUGUAUUGAUAUACAUUCGUACAAUAAAGUUUUGUGUCCUUGA